GAUUAACUUGUACUAAUACAAGCAUACUAGUAGUAUAUUAGAAACACUCAAAGCCGGCCAUCCACUUCCAUGUAACUAAAUUAUUACUACUUUAUAUUUGAAUAUGUCUUUGUUAUGACAAAUUCAAAUAUCUUAUUUUUUUAGAUUUUAUCGUAAGCCAUGGUCAUUUCAGUUUGUCUAUAUUGCUGUGUCUCCCUAAAACAAAGAAACCAUACUACAAUGGCCACUUUGUUAAUCUUUCUCCCACUCAUCCUCUUAAUUUCUCUUCCUGUUUCAAUUUCUCAAACUUCCUCCAACAUCGCUGGAGACUGUAAUGGCAUAUUCGUAACUUACGUCUAUACUUCUGGUUUUCCUAUUCCUCCGAACGUCUCGACAUCUAACUCCAACAACCAAGCUUACAAUUUCAGGUCCAAUCUCACAAUCCUCAACAAUAGUCCUGAUGAACUCAAGUCUUGGAGAGUCUUUGUUGGGUUCCAACAUAGAGAAUUGUUGGUAUCUGCUUCACAUGCUGUGCUUGCUGAUGGAACCACUCUGCCUGGUGAUGUUGGAAAUGGAACUGUUUUUGCUGGAUUCCCUAUGACUGACCUUAAGUCCGCGAUUCAGACUGCUGGAGAUGUCAAUCAGAUGCAGGCUCGGAUCGAGCUGGUUGGUACACAGUAUGGUGUUGCAUCUCCUGCUGCUCCCUUGCCUUCUUCCAUCAGUCUGGCUAAUGAUGGUUUCUUGUGUUCUCCUUCUACAUCUCAAGGUGAUCGGACCCAAGUUUGUUGUCUAAAAGAUUCAAACGCCAAAUCCAACAUCAUGAUCCAUGAGGAAAUCCAACCUCGGCAAGAGGGUGAUCUUACAAUAAUGUUUGAUGUCACUAGCUCAUCCGAAUCUAAUUACUGGGCACAAGUUACAAUCUCAAAUAACGACAACACUAGUCGUCUUGAUAACUGGAAAUUAAGCUGGGAAUGGAUGAGGGAUGAGUUCAUCUAUAGCAUGAGGGGAGCUUAUCCUACGGUUGUUGAUACAGGGGACUGCAUCUUCGGUAAGCAGGGUGAAUAUUACAAGGGCAUGGAUUUUUCAAAGGCCUUGAACUGUGAAAAGAAACCCACAAUCAUCGACCUUCCUUUGGAAAAGACAAAUGAUACAACCUUAGGAAUGGUUCCUUUCUGUUGUCGAAAUGGAACCAUUUUGCCACCUUUCAUGGAUGCAAGCAAGUCAAAGUCAGCUUUUGUAAUGCAAGUCUACAAAAUGUCACCUGACCUUAACAUAAGUGCUAUCCACCCUCCACAGAACUGGAAAAUAAAUGGAACUUACAGUCCUGGUUAUGUAUGUGGACCGCCAGUCCGAGUAUCCUCCAGCCUCUUCCCUAAUCCUGCAGGGUUAUCUUCAGAUACAGCUGCUGUUGCUAGUUGGCAAGUAAUCUGCAACAUUAGCAGUUCAACCUUAAAGAAGCCCAAGUGUUGUGUAUCAUUCUCUGCAUUCUUCAACGAUUCUGUCGUUCCUUGUAACACAUGUGCCUGUGGCUGCAGCAACGCGAACCCCAGUAAUGUGUGCAGUGCCUCCGAGCCAGCACUACUUUUACCACCAGAGGCACUUCUGGUGCCCUUUGACAAUCGAACUGAAAUGGCAAAGGACUUUAAUAAAAGACGAGAUUUGCCAAAUCCCUUACCUUGCGGAGACAACUGUGGAGUCAGCAUUAACUGGCAUUUGCUCAGUGAUUUCAGAGGUGGAUGGACAGCAAGAAUAACUCUGUUUAAUUGGGGCGACACUAACAUUGUUGACUGGUUCGCUGCUGUACAGUUGGAUAAAGCCAUCCAAGGUUUUGAAAAAGGAUACUCUUUCAACGGAACCAUCAUGCCUGAUACUAACAACACAAUAUUUAUGCAGGGAUUUUCAGGCUUAAAUUACCUUCUUGCAGAAAGAAGAGGAGAUAAUCCAAGGAAAGAUCCUCCAGUUCCUGGUACCCAGCAAUCAGUCAUAUCUUUCACAAAGAAGACCACGCCUGGAAUCGACGUAGGAGCCGGUGAUAGUUUUCCAAGUAAAGUUUACUUCAAUGGGGAGGAGUGCUCCCUUCCUGUAAUACUUCCUUCUGGUAGUAAUCGCCAAGUCCCUCUAGCCUCUAGUGCUUUCAGUCUUCUUCUAACCAUGCUAGUCCUCAUGGUUCUACAACUAUCACUGAGGCUAGAAAUAUGAUUUUCCUGUGUUCUUUGUAACUUUGUUUUCUCUUAUGCUCAUAGCAAAUAUAUUCUUUCAUUGAGUUAUCCUAAUGUCACCCACCAAUUACAGUACAAAACUUUCAGCUAUCUGACCUAGAGAAUUAAGAAGGAAUUAGAUAAUACACCUUGUGAACUGUAGCAUUUAUCAUUCCUGAAAUGGUAUGCAAUCAUAC